AUGAAAAGGCAGGACACCAUAUCCUCACGAAGGAAGGAGGCUCUUGACGCGAAGGUGGCAAGAAUGAUUGCCGUCGAUCUUCAGCCGUUCUCUAUUAUAAACGAUCGUGGUUUUCUGGAGCUGAUGACAGAGGCUGUCCCGGGCUACACACCACCAUCAAGAACGUCUCUUUCACGGACGAUCAUACCUAAGUUAUAUGACGACACGAGAAGGAAGGUGCAAGAAGAACUUCGCGCAGCCUUUGAAAACGGUAUGGAAAGUAUAUCAUUCACAUCGGACAUGUGGACUUCAUGUGCUAACGAAGCCUACAUAAGCCUGACUUGCCACUUUUUGGACUCAGCGUAUUGCUUGAAGCACUAUCACCUAAAUACAUCGUAUUUCUCGGGAAGGCACACCGCCGCUAAGAUCGCGUCAGCCCUAGAGGAACUGGUAGCGGAGUGGAGUAUAGACACUCAUGCGUGCCCUGUGUAUAUCGUCACCGAUAACGCCCGUAACAUGAAGGCAGCCAUCAGAGAACUAGGUUGGUGUGAAAGGUCGUGUAUGGCGCAUACACUGCAGUUAGUCAUAAGUGAUGCAAAGGACUGCACACGCGGCAUACAAGAUCUCUGUAAGAAGGCGAGGGCAGUAGUGGGACACUAUAAGCACAGCACUCAAGCUCAUGGACGACUGGACGAAUAUCGGCGAAAGUCUGGAAAGGCUCCACUCCACGUCAAGCAAGACGUAGAGACUAGAUGGAACAGCGAAUUUCUGAUGCUAGAUCGUCUGCUUGAGUUAAAAGAGGCGAUAUGUGUGGACUUUGCAUCUCAUGAUAUGCCUGUGGAUGGAUUAACGGCCUCCGACUGGAGGCAAAUGAAAGAAUAUGUUGGCACCCUUAAGCCCCUGGCAGAUGCAACGACAACUGCAGGAGGGGACAAAUACCCAACUUUGUCAUCCCAGAUACCAAUCCUGUAUUGUAUUUUUGAACACUUGAGGUGUGCCUCAGAGAAAGAAGACUCAGAGUUUGCCCAAAACCUGGUCAAGAGUCUAAAAACGAGGUUUUCUGACUACCAGCUUGAUGUGGCCGCCAGUCUAGCAAUGUUUAUUGAUCCCAGGUAUAAGACUCAUCUACAAGAGUGUGCCGGCAAAAGAAGUAUGGCUAAGGGAUGUCGUAUCCAAGGAGCUAGAGAAAUUAGGACCAGAUGA